AUUGAAAGUUGAAAGAUAUAUUAUCAACGGAGGGCAGAGGAAAGGAGGAGAGAACGGAGUAUGCCCUCAGUGAUGGAGCGGUCGGGGAGCGGCGUUCUGUCGAGGAGCAGGGCUAAAACGAAUGGAAACAACCAACACUCGGAGGAGGACAGCAGCGAUGAGGAGCACGCUCACGACAGUAUGAUUCGAGUGGGAGGAGACUACCAGGCACAGAUACCCGAGUUAAACCCAGACACUCCAAGCCGCUACAAUGAGAAGGAGCAGAGGAGUAUGCUGGUGUGGUGCCCCAACAGUCUCAUCUCUGACGCCAUGUUGGAUGAGUAUAUUCUGAUGGCUAAAGAGAAGCAUGGCUACAACAUGGAACAGGCCCUGGGGAUGUUGCUGUGGCAUAAACAUGAUGUGGAGUGUUCCCUUGCUGACCUGGCUAACUUCACUCCCUUUCCCGAGGAGUGGACCGUAGAGGACAAGGUCCUGUUUGAACAGGCCUUCAGCUUCCAUGGCAAGAGCUUCCAUCGUAUACAACAGAUGCUGCCUGAUAAGCUGGUCUCAGGCCUGGUCCGGUACUACUACAGCUGGAAGAAGACCAGGACCAGAACCAGUGUUAUGGACCGACAGGCUAGAAGACUGGUCAGAAAGACAGACAAGGAGGAUGGUAAUGAUGAGAUAGAGGGAGACCCGGGCAGCGACAGCGACUUUGAGAUCGACGCCAAGAAAGAGACAGUGAAGCAGCAGAGCUCCAGUGGUUCUGGAGGAGAGAGGGGAGCGCCAGGCCGGUCGAACCCACAGAGGAAAGAGUCUGUUGGGGCUCAGUACCGCCACCACCCGCUGAGAGCUCGUCGGAGACCACCUAAAGGCAUGCAUCUGAACCCCGAUGACAUCAUGGCUGUGUCAGCCAAUCACCACCAUGGCUCUGGCAGACAGCUCGACACACACCUGGUGUCACUCAAGAGACGGGUCCAGAGUAUUAAGCAGAACAACAGUAGUAUGAAACACUGUCUAGACGAGGGCAUCGACAGCCUGCGUCCUACAGGGCCAGCUCCCAAGAUGAACUCUCGUUGGUCCACUGAGGAACAGCUGCUCGCGGUGCAGGCUAUCCGUCGCUAUGGUAAGGACUUUGCGGUGGUUGCCGAGGUAAUCGGUAACAAAACUCUGGCCCAGGUGAGCUCCUUCUUCGUUAGUUACCGACGGCGAUUCAAUCUGGACGAGGUCGUCAAGGAGUGGCAGGCGGAACAAGACGUAGCCUCCACACAGGGGCCUUGUGGGAGUCGUAGUAGAAACGAAGAGAGGGGAGGAGCGGAGGAGGAAGAGAUAAAGCUGGAAGACAUUACUCCCCCCUGCGGUGACGCCAACUCCCCCUCCCCCCCCUCAUCCAACAACCACACCCCUCCUCCUUCCCUCUCCCAGCCUCCCCCCUUACUGCGCCCGGCUCCCCCCUCUGCCCCCCCCAGCCUUCUCCGGCAGCCCCCCCCACUCCAGACCCGCCCCCUCCAGACCCACCCCCACAAUCACCCCCCUCCCCCGUUGAUCCGUCCUGCAGUCGUGGCUCCGGGCCAACAGGGGAGCUCUAGUCUCCGUAGGGAACUAGGAAACAACCUCCGCUCCUCUCCUCCUGCUUGCUCUGGCGCUGGUCAGCCUCCCUCACUGGUAGGGCUCAAAGUAGAGCAAACCAACUCUCACUGACAGAAAGGAGGGGACUCUUGUAUAUUUAGGGAGGGGCUCUUGUAUACUCAGAUGGGUAGAUUGUGCUGCUAGUGGGAGUGUUUAUCCAUUAUGAUGGAACAAUAGAAAUCAGAAUGCAGUAGUUAGUUGAGUUCUAAGCCCCACCAGUCUGUUUGGUUCAGAAGCCUCUCGUUAAGUCCCCUCUGUGUCACUCCAUUCAGUUCUGACUCACACUUAUAAACCAACUGCACAACCUGUGAAUAACCAUACUUCCAUCUGAGGCUUGGGUCAUCCAUCCUUCUGUAC